AUGCAUUCAGAGGUCCGUGGUGCUGCUGCUGCUGCAUCAUGUCAGCGGAUCAGAGCGCUCCUGGGACAGCACGAGGCAAAGAUAGGCAAGAGGAAGAGGCUCGGGACGACUCGGGUUAUAUUAAUAACGAGGGAUGGAGAGAAAGAACACGCGGCCCAUUUUCCCUUGCCUGAGGACAGAACAAUUGACGGCAACGAGGGAAGGUACAAGGAGAGGUUGCAGACCAAGUAUCUUAAAGCUCCAGCAAACAAGAUUUCCUCAGUCGGCACUUGUUGCCGUUUUGUAACAGUGAGCAUUGAUGACUUCAGCGAUUGCUCGUCAGUCUUAUCCCGAGACAAGGGAGGUGUCUCACCGGUUAUCUUCCAUGACCCUCCAAACCACAACUCCACUAACUCCUCUCAAAAGCCCAGGAAGCGCGUUUCUAAAGAACAUGCAUGCUUUUCAAAGCAGAUGAUCCAGAAGCAGAUUCGCAGAGAAUAUGUGGCCGCUGUUGAGAAGAAACUCAAACAGCAUCCUCUGGCAAUGUUCCCGCACUAUAAGGAUCACAUGACCCCAGAAUUAUUUGAGAAGGUGGUAUCUGUUUUGGACCCAGACAUGAGCGUAAACAGCGCCUCUGCACUUCCGACGCCUACAGGAGCCCAUGUGGAGGAGGAAAAUGAAGAAAACUAUAAAGAGCCAAGUCAGGAAGAAGUGAACAGAGAAAAAGACACGACUUCUGCUGUGUAAACUGGCAAUUUGAUGCGUAAUAUUAAUAUAAUCCAAAAUACUUUGAUCCAUGGAUGAAAAAUAAACAAAUGAAUGUCUGCAAUAAGGCUACACAUAACUUCUCAAUCAUUGUAAAUGAGCCAUGAUGUCCAAAAUCCAAGUC